AUGGCUGUUUCAAGGUUGGAACGUCUGUUUAUCUUACUGGAUACAGGUACGACUCCUGUUACCCGUAAAGCAGCUGCUCAGCAGUUGGGAGAUGUUGUUAAGCUUCACCCACACGAGCUUAAUAACCUGCUAUCAAAGAAUUGUACUGCCAGUCAGAUCUUCAUCGUGUUAAUUAAAACACCCUGUCUCACUGUCUGCAGGUUGGAACGUCUGUUUAUCUUACUGGAUACAGGUACGACUCCUGUUACCCGUAAAGCAGCUGCUCAGCAGUUGGGAGAUGUUGUUAAGCUUCACCCACACGAGCUUAAUAACCUGCUAUCAAAGGUUUUAACUUACUUGAGGAGUCCAAAUUGGGAUACACGAAUCGCAGCAGGACAAGCUGUCGAAGCCAUAGUGAAGAAAAUUCCAGAAUGGAACCCAGCUCCAAAGCAAAAAGACGAGGUGUGUGCAGAAGAUAUGUCUCCAGAGGACAUCUCCUCAGACAAGCUGAGUUUCUACAGGUUUGAUAUCUCUCGUCUGCUCAAGCACGGAGCAUCGCUGCUCGGCUCUGCAGGUGCUGAAUUCGAGCUGCAAGAUGACAAGUCAGGUGAGACAGAUCCCAAGGAGCGUUUGGCCCGUCAGAGAAAGCAGUUACAGAAGAAGUUGGGAUUGGAUAUGGGUGCUGCGAUCGGCAUGGACACAGAGGAGCUAUUUAAUGAUGAGGACCUGGAGGACGCUUGUGCUUCCAGUACCAACAGAUCACAGCCUGGUAAAAACCUGGGAUGUCAAUUCUCACGCAACCAUUUGCCAGCUGCAGAGCUCAUAGAUUCUGAGUUUCGUCCAGGCAUGUCCAAUCGACAGAAGAACAAAGCCAAGAGGAUGGCGAAACUUGUGGCAAAGCAGAGAUCCAGAGACGUGGAACCUAAUGAGAAGAGCAAUGACAGUUUUGAGGGAGAGCCAGAGGAGAAGCGCCGGAAAACCACAAAUGUAGUCAUUGAGCAGCCAGCAACCAACAGCAAAGUCUUAAUUGAUAAUGUCCCUGAUAACACCAGUUUAUUUGAGGAGACUCCGGAAUGGCCCCUGGAAAGUAUGUCUGAGUGUGGAAUCAUGGGAGUUGUGGUUGCACCUGUCAGAGAGACGUGUGCCCAGACUCUGGGUGUGGCCUUGAGGCACAUGGCAGACAGUGGCAUUGCCAUGACUGUGGACAUUCUGCUUAAGCUGCUAACUGAAGACCAGUGGGAGGUUCGACACGGAGGCCUGCUGGGCAUCAAAUACGCUCUUGCCGUCAGACAGGAUUUGAUCGCAGAGCUGCUGCCCCAGGUUCUUCCUGCCAUUACAGAAGGCCUGCGGGAUCUGGAUGAUGACGUUCGUGCAGUGGCAGCAGCAGCUUUGAUCCCAGUGGUGGAUGGAUUGGUUCAGUUACUGCCUACUAAGGUUCCCUUUAUUGUGGACACACUGUGGAAUGCCCUGCUGGAACUGGAUGAUCUCACAGCCUCAACUAACAGCAUCAUGACCCUCUUGUCCUCCCUGCUUGCUUACCCACAGGUCCGCCAGUGCAGCACACAACAGUCUCUCACAGUGUUGGUUCCUCGAGUAUGGCCAUUCCUGAGACACACAAUUGCUUCUGUUCGUCGGGCUGCCCUAGAGACCCUCUUUACAUUGCUUUCCAAAGCUGACCAGAGUUGUGCAGUGUGGCUGAAUCCCAUCAUGCAGGAUAUGUUAAGACACAUCUUUCAGUCCUGCAUACUGGAGAGCAACCAGGAGAUCCUAGAGCUGAUACAGAAGGUGUGGGGGGAGUUGUUGCGACAGGCCCCGCAGCAGUAUGUGGUGGCGGCCAGCUGUCCUUGGAUGGGCGCCUGGCUCUGUUUGAUGAUGCAAGCACCACACAUCCCAAUAGAACCCAACAUGUUGCUGGAAGUGAAAGCCCGCUUAAAGGAGAAGGCUACUGGAAAGACCCGACAGGGAUCUGUUCCAGUCAAGGAAACGGUCCAGGAGUACAUCGGGGGAGCAGAGACUGUUACCGAAGACCCUGCCACGAGAGACUAUGUGGUGACACGUGCACGUCUCAUGGCUGCAAAGCUGUUGGGGGCACUGUGCAGUUGUAUAUGUGACCCAAGGUUGAAUAGCUCUUCUCAGGAACUACGGCCUGCGGAGUCUUUAGCACAACUUUUACUGUUCCAUCUCAAUUCCAAAUCGGCCUUGCAGCGGAUUGCGGUUUCCAUGGUGAUCUGUGAGUGGGCAGGCCUUCAGAAGGAGUGUGAGCUGCUGUCCAGUGUGGUUCAGCCCCGAUUGCUGGUCAUUCUGUCAGAGCAACUCUACUACGAUGAGAUCGCCAUUCCUUUUACGCGCAUGCAGAAUGAAUGUAAACAGCUCAUAGCGCUGCUGGCUGAUGCCCACAUUGACGUGAGAGAAAGAAUCAACUCCACUGUAUUCACCAUCGAUCAGGCUAACGAGCUGGUGACCACCAUGUUCUCAGAAUGCACCUCUUCUCUGAACCUCAAGUCAAGUCAGUUUCAGCUGCUGGAUAGCAAGAGGCUGCAGGCUCGUUCCACUGUGUGCGAGACCAGCGCCGAGUGGCAGCAGCUGCAGCUGAGAGUUCAUACCUUCAGUGCCUGUGCUGUGGUAGGACUGGCCAUGCUGCCGGAUAAACUCAAUCCUGUUGUCAGGCCCCUGAUGGAGGCGGCCCGCCGCGAAGAGAACACGCUCGUCCAGGGUUACGCGGCCUCUAACAUCGCCCGCCUGCUGCAGCUGUGCGCUUCCAGAUCUCCCUGUCCGAAUGCCAAGAUCGUGAAGAAUCUCUGCAGCUCUGUGUGUGUAGAUCCAAAGCUCACCCCUAGUGCUGCAUGUCCUGUCCCUCCAGCCAGCACUCCAGCAAUACAAGAGAGCAGUAAGGCAUCUGUGGCAGAGAAGGAUGCGAUGCAUCACAUGGUGAACAAGACAAAGGGCAUCAUCACCCUUUACCGGCAUCAGAAAGCAGCUUUUGCCAUCACCAGUAAGAGAGGACCCACACCCAAAGCCCCCAAAACCACCAACAAUGACCUGCCCCUCGUAGGCAGCAUUACCACAGAAACAGAUGAGAGCAAGAAGCCGUGUCUUAUCCAGAGGAGAGGGGCAGAGUUCUGCUUGAUGACCGUUGCCAGGCAUUUUGGUAAGGAGCUGUCAAAAACUUUGCCAUAUCUGUGGGAGUCCAUGACCGGUCCACUGAGGAAUGCGCUGAAUGCUCAGGGAUUUGAUUCCAGCCAGUUGUUGAAGCAGGGUGACUCGGUUGCUCAGGAGCUUGUGAACUCUCUGCAGGUGCUGGAGGUCACAACAGGAGCCAUGUCCCAAGAGCUCAUCCCUUUAUUGAUGGAGCAGUUGGCUCUCCUGUGCACCUGUCUGCAACAUCCAUAUACAGCCGUACGUCACAUGGCCGCGCGCUGUGUGGGCGUGCUCAGCAAGAUUGCUACUAUGGAGACCAUGAAUGUGUUUCUGGAAUAUGUGCUUCCCUGGUUGGGUGCUAUUGAUGACCACACCAAGCAGGAGGGAGCCAUUGAAGCCCUGGCCUGUGUGAUGGAGCAAUUGGAUGUGGAUAUCGUGCCCUACAUCGUGCUGUUGGUGGUCCCUGUGUUGGGCCGUAUGAGUGACCCCGGGGACAGCGUGCGAUUCAUGGCCACACAGUGCUUUGCAACCCUGAUCCGACUGCUUCCUCUUGAGGCUGGAAUCCCAGACCCGCCGUCUAUGUCUGAAGAUCUAAUUCGACAGAAGGCCAGAGAACGACACUUCCUUGAGCAGCUGCUUGAUGGAAGGAAACUGGAAAAUUAUAAGAUUCCUGUGCCCAUCAAAGCAGAGCUCAGGAAAUACCAACAGGAUGGAGUGAACUGGCUGGCAUUUUUGAACAAGUACAAGCUUCAUGGGAUCUUGUGUGAUGAUAUGGGUCUGGGUAAGACCCUGCAGUCCAUCUGUAUUCUGGCAGGCGAUCAUUUCCUCAGGGCUCAGGAGUAUGCCAGGACAAAGGCCCCCGACUGUUGCCCUUUGCCCUCCAUAGUAGUGUGCCCACCCACCCUGACGGGACACUGGGUGGAUGAGGUUGGGAAGUUCUGCUCUAAAGAGUAUCUCAAUCCUCUGCACUAUACUGGCCCUCCUACGGAAAGAGCAUGGUUACAGCACCAGGUGAAGAAACACAAUCUCGUUGUUGCCUCGUACGAUGUCGUUAGAAAUGACAUUGACUUUUUCAGGGAUAUUAAAUUUAAUUAUUGUAUCCUUGAUGAGGGUCACGUCAUUAAGAAUGGAAAGACCAAACUUUCUAAAGCGAUCAAGCAGUUAACCGCCAACUACAGAAUAAUCCUCUCAGGAACACCCAUUCAGAACAAUGUUCUGGAGUUGUGGUCUCUGUUUGACUUCCUGAUGCCAGGCUUUCUUGGUACUGAGCGUCAGUUUGCUGCCCGCUAUGGGAAGCCCAUCCUCGCCAGUCGAGAUGCUAAAAGUUCCUCACGCGAGCAGGAAGCAGCAUCUCAGACUGAAGCUCUUCAGCUUUUAACACUCUGUACUAGCACUCUUCUGCUGUUGGACUGUGGACUGGGUUCUGCUGGAGCAUCUGAUGGUGGCACAGAGGCUGUAGUGGCCCAGCACCGCGUUCUGAUCUUCUGCCAGCUGAAGAGCAUGCUGGACAUCGUGGAGCAGGAUCUGCUCAAAGCACAGCUGCCCACCGUCACCUACCUCAGGCUGGAUGGAAGCGUUCAGGCCGGCCUCAGACACUCUAUAGUCUCUAGGUUCAAUAAUGACCCGUCCAUAGAUGUUCUGCUGCUCACUACCCAUGUGGGUGGGCUGGGUUUGAAUCUGACUGGAGCAGAUACUGUUGUGUUUGUGGAGCAUGACUGGAACCCCAUGAGAGACUUACAGGCCAUGGGCAACAAGCUUUGCAUUUCAAAAAUCUAG